CGUCGCCCCAGCAAUGCAAGACGGCCGAACCACUGACCGGCCCGCCGCCCUCUGCGUCAGCAGAGAACGAGCCCACUGCUGCCUCUUUCAUCGUUGAGCCUCGAAACUUCGCCUGACCAUCGAGGGGGCGACGUCGUGGGUCGUCGUGUCCUCUACGGCUCGUCUCCGUCCCAUCUCGUCUAACCACGCACGCAGCACACGGCACACGCACGCAUAUGGCCGCUCAGCCCUGGGAGGCGGACGCUCUCUACUUCAUGCACCCGGUUCCUUAUCCGGAAUUGGUGACACAGGCGGUCCAGGCCUUGUUGGGCAAUCCCAGCUUGGCUGCUUUCUGUCUGCGGCUCCUUGCAACUUUGCAGCAGACUCUAACCCACUUCGCCCGAUCUCUCUGCCUUUCUGUUCCUUGUGUCUGCCUCGUGCUCUCCCUGAGUCUGAAAAUCUUGCAUUUGGGCCGUUGGGGGUUACGUUGGGCCUCGUCACCUGAACGGUUUCGAACAUAUGCCGCGUCAGAGGUUGACAACCAGAAUUCCGUCGUUCCGCCACGGGCCAUAUCAUCAAACGACACUGAGGCCGCCAGCGAUAGCUCCUCGAAAGCCCGCGCAGCAUCCCUCAUAAUCACUCGAGAUGCGAUGCGGUUUUUGGGUCCUUCUCGUCUCAGCUUUGGCAAGCCCGUCCGUCUGCCAUCCCAAAAAAAAACGACCUCUUCGCCAGAACCUGAAGAUGCGGAUCAAACGCGCGCGACGCCUGGUAUGAUUGCCAUCUGUGGUCCCAUAACCCCCCGGGCACGGACACGAAACUGGCGACAUGGCGUUUCAGUAUCCCUCGCCCUAGCCUACGACCCCGUCGCCUAAGUGAGUUGGCACGUGAGAAUGCACAACAAAACAACAGCGGGCACUGCCAUUUCGUCUCUAUACUUCGUUCGUUGUGUCACCGGAACGACGGCUGCCUGGGCUUAUGUUCUGGGCAAAUUCGUUCCCAAACUAUCUGAUACCCCGAGCGGGCGGGAGUGGGCGUAAGCAAGAGAGAGAGACACUGGUGAGCUAGUUUUUCCCCCGAACGCCCCCUCCGCUGGGCGGUCCUGGCACCAUCUCUCACCACGUUCCGUUUGAGACGCAGACGGCAUGCGUGUGUCCGCCGCCGCCGCCGCCCGUCUUGACGCGCCCACCUCGAACCUUCCCACCACACCAAACCACUGUCUUGGGAACACGCUACUGCAUCAGCGGUUAACUUUUGCCCACACGCUUUCUGGUGUACAUUAAGGUUGACACCUGUAACCCGAUCACGACAAUCAUUUACAGGGGGUCAUCCCUAACGAGCGGCGAGCGAAGCCCUCGCGGUAUGCCGAUAUCAUGGUCUGGACUGCCACGACUGGUGUCCGACGCGAUCGUGAAGCCAGGGCUGUCCCGUCGAGCAGUGUUAUCCGACCCAAUCUUUCCUCUGGCUGGUCUACAUCGUAAAGCGGGACCCGGAAACUGCUCGUCGAGGUGUUGGGGGAGGGCGUUGGUCUAAAGCCAGGGGUCCUGCUAAGGCCUCGGGGUUUUUUCGUCGGGUUCGAUUCAUUAUAGGUGAUGGCUAAUGGAAAGUUACGUGCUACGUCUGCGCCCAAGGUCCUAAAGGCGGCCUUGGAGUCCGUUCCGCCCGCGCGCCCGCGAUGUGCCUACCGUAUUCGGAAGAGUCUUGUCCGCGAUCCUCGAUGAGGGGGCGACGGGUUUGCUCUGGGCAUCUGUAGUGACCCUCCCGCGUCCACUUCAACGGCCGGCUGUGCCAAAUUCUGGUAAAAUAGACGGCACGCCUUCGCCAGGAAACUUCUGCUUAUCGUUGUGGUUUCGCCGUCGGCUCGCCGAUCGGGGCAAGGGAGGUUUUAGACCUGUAAUGUUCCGAAUUUCGUGACAAAGGCCAGACCGUACCAGGGACGGAAAUGUCUCAAUAUGGACGGUGAGUUUAAACGACAGACAGCAAGCGACGUCGAGAGAAUAAGUGCGGUCGCGGUUGAAUAAUGAACAGCCGGCGGAGACAACAAGAGGAAGACGUGAGGCUGCGCGCGCGCCGUGCGUCCCCCCAAGACCCCCGACGCCGAUCGCGAGCGCGGGCCGCCCGAGUCGCGGCCCCGCUCUUUUUUGUCGUUUGGAUGUGCCGGGCGGAGCAGGGUUGGGUAAGGAUGAUCGGCGAAACUUCUUUCUCAAAUGGGCGUUCGGGGUUGCAAAGGAAAACAAAACGGUCC